AUGUCUCGUGGCAGAAGUGACGAAGCUCUUGCUAUUCUUGCCAAAUACCAUGCGAAUGGCAAUGCAGAGGACCCUCUUGUGCGCUUCCAGUUUGCUGAGAUGAAGGCAUCGAUUGCCCUGGGUGAACAAAAGGGUCGUUGGAGCGAUCUUGUCUCAACCACGUACUACCUCCACAACAUUCUGCUGAACAUCGGCAUCGACAGUCCCAACUAUCAAAACAUGCUCAAUGGUUUCAUUCUGAUGGUCAACAUGUUCGAAGCUUGGUUCUGGGCUUGCAUGGUUGAUAGGUUCGGUCGUCGUCCUCUUUUCCUUAUCUGUUCCACAGGAAUGGUCUGCACUUUUGCAACUUGGAUUGCUCUCACUGCCAAACAACUCGAGAACCCCAAGGAGAAAUCUUGGGGCAAAGGUGUCAUCGCCAUGAUCUUUUUCCACAACUUCUUUUACAACUUUGCUUGGCCGUCUCUAGGUGUCUCCUACCCCCUGGAAAUUCUCUCGUUCAAAAUCCGCGCCAACGGUCUGCUGAUGCAGAACAUCUCCACCUACGUCUGUCUCGCAAUAUCCCAAUACAGCUGA